AUGGAGACUGAUUCUGAUUAUCCUGGGUUUAGUAGACUCAGGUUGAUAGCAGAAGAUGAGGAAAAUAUCUAUAUACCAUCUGAAUGUUUUGAAAGUACACCAGAAGGUGUAUAUGUAUCAGUAAAUGGUUUUAUUGAUUGGAUUAAGGCAUGGCAAUUGCAACAGCUAUAUAGACACGGCCCGUGUCUAUCAGACAAGGAUCAGCAAAUAGAUUUGGCUUUUUGUUUGAAAAGUAAAUAUUUCCCAUAUCAAGCAAUUCCAUGGACAAUCCGUCACAGAUACCAAUGGCCACCGGAUAAUGUAGUUGACAGGAUUGCAAACUACGGAUGUUUGAUAGUACCUAUAGGACCAAGGACUCUUUCAGAUAGUCACUUGUUAUGGAGAAUAUCUUUUUCUGUGGCAGAAAAGCAACUUGUUCAUUCGUUUAAUUUUACUCAACUCUUAUGUUAUGGUCUUCUAAAACUAACAUUAAAGAGUAUCAUUAACACAAACGAUGAUGUCAAAGAUUUACUGUGCUCUUACUUUCUGAAGACGGCUUUAUUUUGGGUCUCAGAGGAAGUGGAUAUUAACACAUUUCAAUUAUCUCAUCUUUUUAUUUGUUUUACUCACUGCAUUAAAAAAUUAAUAGUAUGGGUAAACAACUGUUACUGUCCAAACUAUUUUAUACCCGAGCACAACAUGUUCCUAGGAAAGAUCACCCCGGAUAAUAAUGAAACACUACUACAUGUACUGGAUAGCAUAUUAUUCUAUGGAAUUGAUGGAUUGAUAGAUAAUUUAUUUCCACUUGGAAGUACAAAUAGUGAUAUUUCGUUCAUUAGGUUAGACUUCCUUUUUUACAAGAUUUCUGUGUUAGCGAAGAAAAGAGACAUUUCAAAUUGGUACAAAUUACUUAAGAUUACUGAAUUUUUAAUAAAGUCAGAGUCGUCUGCAUUUAUCAUCGAUGUUUGUAAAUACCAUUUUGCUAAAAUAAGUCAAUUUGUAGCACAACUACUUCUACCACAAACCACAAAUAGUGAAAAGUACUAUUUACACAAAUGUCAUCAUCGACAUUUACAAGAUGGAAUUAAGUCAGAUGCAGUGUCGGGUUGGUUGCUAUACGCAUCCUUUUAUUAUGUCACUGGACAGUACAAGGUGACACUUAGAAUAACGGAUUAUGUUUUAUCAAGAAGUACACCUGAUAUGGUAUAUAUAACUUGUUCUCACUAUGAUGAAAACGAUAUAAAAAAUUACCGACAAAAUGUACAUAAAUCACUAAACUUGAAUGCCAAGAUAAAGAUGGCCACGGUAGACCGUACUGUGUACAUGCACAAUUCAAAACUAAUACCAGAAGAACUACAAUUGGAAGUUGAAAAAGAUGGGAUAAGUGUAUCCCCUGUUAUUAUGUCUCGCUUUCUUAGACUUUUAUGUUAUCAUCAUUUAGGUGAUAUAUUAAAAAGACAACAGGCACUACGUGAUUUAUAUUUGACCGUAGAAAAUUGCCCUUUAACAAAAUUGGAAGAAAUAUCUCAUUCAAUAACAAUACUUGGAGUGGGUUAUGAGGUUUCAGGUGACAAGUACACAGCUUAUCAAUGUUAUGAUGAAGCUUUGCAAUGUGAUGAUUCAAUAUGUCUUUCAGCACAAACAAGGAAAUCAAAACUUUUUGAGGUUUAGUAUAAGCUUAGUCGUUGUCGAGAAGGUCUUAUAGAACCUCGCCACUUAAGGUCUGUUGUUUUCCUAUUUACUUUAGUACAAUAUGAUAAAGCCAAUUCAUUUCCUACUAGAUUUUUGGUACGUACUAUG